AUGAAUAUUUCUUCAUAAAAUGAUUAAACUUAAAUUAAUAAGCUUUAAGAAGUUUCAAGAGAUCAGGAGUAUUUUGAUUAGGAAAUGUAAUUUUUAUACAAAAGAUAAUUAAAAAUCGUUUUCACAAAAAAUUAAGAGAUCAAAAUCAUAUCUUCAAGUGGAGAAAUUAUUAGAAGGUAAUGAUAUUUAUAAUGAACAUUUAGUGAAAUUAUCUUAAGUUCUUGCCAUGAAGAUCCAGAAAUGCCCUUUUUUAAUUUAGAACAAAUUAAACAUUUAAAAUGGUUAGGAAAAUAUUAGGAUACAAAAAAAGUUGGAAAGUGGAUAGCUACAUGGAAAAAUGAAAUAUUACUAGAUGUAGGUGGUUAGUAUUGUUAAAAAGGGAUGAAGUAAGGUAGAUGGAAAGAAAUAUUUAAGAAUUAUUUUGAGUAUUUGUCAUUUUUUAUUGAAAUAGAAAAGCAUAAGUUUAUGAAUAAGGAGAAUAUAUAAAUGGUAUGAGAAUAGGGAUAUGGAAUACCAUUUAUCAAAAUAAACUGAUGUAAUUUAUAAUAUAUGAUCAAAGUGGUGGAGGAUUUUAUGAUCAAUAAGGUUAGAAAAACGGUUAAUGGAUUGAAUUGUGCAAUUAUUUUUAAUGGUAUAUAGUGUUUAUGUCAAUAAAUAAUUAGUGAUAAUUAAAUAAUAUUUUAAGGAGAAUAUCUUAAUGGUAAAAAGAUUGGUACUUGGGAUAUUAAUAGAAAAAGGUUGGCUAUUUUCCUUAACCUUAACGGAUGUAAAAAGAAAGGGAAUUUAGAACUAAUGUAAAUUAUAAAUAUACAAAUUAAUUUAUAGAGGAUAGGAGUAAUAUGAUCAGCAAGGUUAAAAGAAUGGAAAGUGGAUUGAGUUAAGUGAUGAUUUUUAAAAGUUUAGAUUAUGAAAAAUUAAUUUUUAGAGAAUCAUAAAUCAUAUAUUGUGGUGAAUAUAAAAGCGGUAGGAAAUGUGGUAUAUGGGAAAUUCAUUAUUAGAAAUAAAGUAAUAGGCCAUUUUAUUUAAUGUAGAUUAUAAUUAUUAAAUAAUCAUAGUGGAUGUGGCAUAUAUAGUAUCGAAGGAUAUAAAAAUGGAAGAUGGGUUGAAGUAACCAAAAACUUUUUGAGGUUUGAAUAAUAAUAGUUUGAUUAUAGUGAUGGCUAAGUAAUUUAUGAAGGUCAAUAUUAAAAUGGUAAAAAAAUUGGGAAAUGGGAUAUUAAAGUUAAGAAUGAUUUACAAUUUGAAAAAAUGUAAAAAUAAAUUUACAAUUCUUAGUGGUUAUGGAUCUUAUGAUGAAUAAGAACAUAAAAACGGUAUUUGGCUGGAAUUGAGUGGGAAUUAUCGGAAGUAUUAAUACUAUUAUCAUAAAAGUAUGUAAAGUGAGGUCACAUAUUAUGGAGAAUACAAAAAAGAUAAAAAAAUUGGAAAAUGGGAAAUCCAUUACAAAUAUUCGAGUAAUUAUCCAUUUAAAUAAAUGUAACUAUUAUAUAUAUAUAAAUAUGAUAGAGGUGGUGGAUCAUAUAAUGAUGAAAGUGUUAAAUAUGGUAAUUGGAUAGAAUUGAGUGAUUAUUUUUCGAAGUUUUAUUUUAAUUCAAGAUUUAAAUUAGUCACAAUGAAGUCCUUUAUCAGGGCUUAUAUUAGAAUGGUAGAAAGAUUGGCAAAUGGGACAUAAAAUUUAGAUCUCACUAGUUUGAUGACUUUCAUAAUAUGUAUUUUUUAACAAAGUUAAUUUUUAAGUGGUGGCGGAACUUAUGACAACCAAAAUUUGAAACAUGGUAGUUGGGUUGAUGUAUGCGAUAAUUUCUCGUAGUUUUAUUUGUGAAUUAUAUUUUUAGAAGUUAAUCAAUAAUUCAUAAAGGAGAAUAUAGCCAUGGGAAAAAGAUUGAAUUAUGGGAAGAAAUAAGAUUAUGCUGUGAUAAAACAAGUUUGAAAAUGUAAAAGAUAAAUAUUUAUAUUAAGAGGCGAAAAAAUUUACGAUUGA